AUGCGAGGCCUCGGCGCCGCCGCCGCCGCCCGCCGGCACGCGAACCUCCCCUCAUACGCCGCCGCUUUCUCCUCCUUCUCCGGCAUCGGCGGCAGCGGUGGCGCUGGACGCGGGCGCGGGCGCGGCCUACCACCCUCCGCCUCCGCGCCGCAGCGCGCUCCCGGGCGCCCCAUUCCCGACGACGGCGACGACGAUGGCGCGGCGGAUCUCUUCGCCGCAGCGUCUUCCGCCGGCCGUGGCCGCGGGGAGCCCGCGAUCCCGCCCUCCCCCACCAUCCCGCCCUUCUCCUCCUUCUCCGGCGCGGGCCGCGGCCGUGGAUCGCCUCUGCCACCGCCGUCGCCGCCGUCCGUCCAAGAUGCCCCCAAGCAACCAACCUUCACCAAGCGGUUCGACGUCGUGCCCCCUUCCUCCGAUCCGUCGCCGCCAACGACAGCUGCCUCCUCCUCCUCCGCCGAACCACCGCGUUCCGUCCCUACCGCCGGCGCCGGCCGCGGUGUGCCGCGUGUGCAGCAACCAGUGGACAGAGCCCCCGAGGAGGAGAACCGAUUCGUUCGACGUCGCGAGGCGAAGAAAGCGCCCGCCCCUUCCGCCCCAAGCGGGCAGCCGAAACUGGCCCCACAGGACGCCGUGAAGCGCGCUCUGGAGCUCCUUGCGCGUGGCGGCGACGGCGGCGGCGGACGCGGCAGAGGCGGGCGCGGCCCCCGCGGGCGUGGCCGUGACGGGGGCCGCCGGCCUGCUGCGGCGGACGAGCGCGAUUCGCUCUUCUUUGGGGACAACGCUGACGGUGAGAAGCUCGAGAAGCGGCUCGGUGCCAAGAAGAUGGAGAUUUGGGACGCGGCGUUCGACGAGGCGGCAGAGCAGGCGCUGCCAGACCCAGAGGAGGAUGAUUAUUUGGACGCUGUGCACACCAAUAACAUGAUUGAGUUUGAGCCAGAGUACCAUGUGAACUUUGGUAAUCCUGACAUUGAGGAGAAGCCACCGAUGUCAUUAGAGGAGGUGCUGCAGAAAGUGAAGCCAUUUAUAGUUGCCUACGAAGGCAUCAAGGACCAGGAAGAAUGGGAGGAAGCCGUGAAAGAUGUCAUGGAAAGGGCACCCCAUAUGAAAGAGCUUAUAGACAUGUACAGUGGGCCUGAUGUCGUGUCUGCAAAGCAGCAAGAAGAGGAGCUGCAAAGGGUUGCCCACACUCUUCCAGAGAACAUACCUAACUCAGUAAAGCGGUUUACUGAUAAAACUUUACUCUCUCUUAAGAAUAAUCCUGGCUGGGGUUUUGACAAGAAAUGUCAAUUCAUGGACAAGUUUGUUCGUGAAGUUUCAGAACAAUACAAGUGAAAGCCUUCUAGUACUAUGUUGGCAUGCAAGUCUGCCCAAGUGUAGGACCACCAGAAUCGCAUAAUGGACCCAGUGAUCGACAUGCACAAACCUAGAACCUGGUCAUACUCUACCGUCUAAAGAACGGAUUCUGCGAUUACGCAUGGCCCACUCAGGCAGUAAUUGGUGAAUUAGGUUUACUUGUAAGGACACUAAUGCCUACUAGAAAACUAUGAAGUUCUGUGUGAUUUUUUUUUAUCUGAAGCGCCUAGAGUAGUACUCAUACAUGUCAAUAAUAAAGCACCUGCUGCUUUCGCGAAAGGUUGAAGAAAACAAACCUCAGCUGGCAAAAACAGAAGCCUGGUAUUGGUUUGUACAUGGCAGUAUAUUUUUUAUCUUUGCCAAAGUAAUCUGUCUUGUAAUGUUCUUGAUCCACCAGGGGAGCAGAAAUGCCUAUCUAGCUAAUCAUCUACAGCUCACCCCUGUGGGUUUUGUACAAACCAUCAUUUUCUUUUCUAUACAAAAAGGGAACUAAGAGAUCAUCGAAAUGCACAGCAAGUAUCUGCUGAGUAUGGUUGAAGCCAG